UUUUAUCACUUAAUUAAUUGUUCACAUUUGUUUGGGCACGAUGGCGCUGGCUGCAGUGCGCCGGAUUUUGCGGCCCUGUGCCGGGCUACACGGCAAAAACCUGCUGGCAUGCCGGUCUCUGGCUACAAGUUCAGCUCACUCGACCGCCGCCAACCAACAAGCCAGAGAAGACCUGGCAGCAGCGUAUCGCGGACUAGACUUCUACGGGAUGGGGGAGGGGAUAUGCACCCAUCUGACGACCAGAGCACCGUCCCGGAGCGGCAGUGGGGAUAUGAUGCUACUGAUACCUUACGGCUUGCAUUGGAGUGAGGUGACGGCGAGCUGUUUGAUAGGCGUGAAUAUCGCGACCGGACAAGUGAUGGAGGGGGAUGGUGAUGUAGAACCCAGCGCAGCUAACAUCCAUACGGCCAUCUACAAGAGCAAAGGCGACACCGUCAACUGCAUCAUGCAUACACAUCAGUUCUACACAAUGCUGCUUAGUUGCCUGCAAGAGUCAGAACUACGAAACGUCCACCAGCACUGCAUGCGGUUCCACGGUAAGGUGGCGUACGACCGGGCAUACGGCGGCACGGCCCACGAAGGAGAGGCGGAGAGCACGAGGCUGGCGCGCAACCUGGGCGACAAAGACUUCCUGAUCAUGGGCAACCACGGUGUGUUGGGAGUUGGACACUCAGUGGCCUACGUGUUUGAUAGCAUGUACUAUCUGGAGAAAGCUGCCAAACUACAGGUGAUGGCAGCAGCUACCGGCAUGAAGCCAUUUGAAGCAUCUGACGAGGUGGCGCAGAAGGUUGCCCGUUACUUUGACACGCACGGGGCCAAAUUCUGGGACAAACACUUUUUGGGCAUCAAGAAACUGCUGGAACGGAGGCAACCAGACUACAGAUCCUAGAACCUCAAAAAGAGGCCUGCUAGGGCAAAGGAGUUCGCUCCUACUCACCACCCACCACUCUUAUUCCUUCGAGUUCACAUUUGCAAAAAUUUUUAACAAUAAGUAAUCGUCCACUUUCACACGACACGUGCGCAUGUACCUACAUUGAUCAUGGUGGUUACCAAUAAUGCUUGGACAGGUGUUUCCUAUUAUUUUGUGAAGGUUUACACCCUUAAUAUUCUGUUGGUAUGAUCAGAAUGGAGGGCUUUGUGUGGCGAUGAAUGCUUUGGCCAUCAUUUAAAAAGAAUAUUUAUACUUAUCCUCAAAAUCGCCGACCUUAACUCUGGUCACAUCAAAAAUUCAUAAUAACUAUUUUCAUUCUGCUUAUAACUAUAUCUUUUAAAAUCAAAUCACAUUCUAUACUGUAUUGAUGAGAACGUAAUUAAUACACCGGCUAUAUUGGGAAACAGGUUUUAUUUCCUAAGUUACAUUACUACUGAAAUCUUAUGGCUUGUAAUUACUAGUAUGAAUAAAAUUAAUAUAAUUGUCUCAAGUCCUGUCGCCUCAUUUGUUGAAAUUGUGUAGGGAUUAUGGUUUGAGUUCAUUUUGUUCGAAAACAAGAUAGGCUAUUGCCACAAAGGAAGAAAGACUUUAUGGGCGCCGUGUUGAAAAAAAGGAAACGAAAUAAAAUUGAUUGGAAAGCUUUAAAACAGAUGUAAAACAAGUAAACGCGGACUUUUUUUUUUAAAUAAAACGUGUUUAAUAAUGUUUACCAAACACAUUUAAUUAAACACUGUUUGCAUUUUGAACG